CUCUACCAUGUAUAAGCCGAGACCCUUCAUCGAGGAAAUAUCAUAUUGCCACUGUAUGUACCGAGGGACCAAAAUAUGGGACCUCUAUGUCGUCACCUGCCUCGUCACUUGGUUGCAAGGCGUGCUACUCAUCCUCUUCAGGAAGUGGACUCAAUCAGUUGUCCAACCGCACCAGUUCUUGCCCUCGACAUGUCACAAGGCUAAGUACAAGUGCGUCCCUCCGCCCCUUUUUUUCGACCGCUUUAAAGCGCACGCGUCAACCCUGGUGUCGUGCCGACAUCCACAUGGACGCUUCCUGACGGUGUUAAUGUUCUUCUUGAACAUGGUGUCUUUUGUCAUCUACCUGGUCCUCGCCAUGAGGCCCGUUGAAUACUGUGUGGAGGUUGUGGACGCCCUGCUGCUUGUGGACUUGGGCAUGGGCAUCCUCCACCAUAUGCAUUUUUGGCUCAGGUUUCUGUCUGCACAGAAUCUGAUGGUCAUGUGGUUGGACUACAAAACCAUUGUUGACAUGUUCACCGUCCCACCAUCAUGUUUUGCAGUAGUCACCGGUCGGUCCUGGCUUGGCCUCAGAUUCCUCCGGGCCCUGUACAUCCUGGAGCUUCCAGCUGUCCUGGGGAUGCUCAACAUCCUGACCAGCAAGACAUCUCAGAGGCUGUGUCGGCUGGGAGCCAUCCUCAUGGGAUCCCUGUUUUUUUACGCCGGCCUCAUUCACCUGGUGGAGAGCUCUGGUGACCCCUGGCUUGAGAACUCCAACGCUUCGAGCCGUCCCUACUUCCUGUUUGUGUACUUCCUAACGGUGACCAUGUCCACAGUGGGCUAUGGCGACGUCCUGGUCUACACCGUGUCAGGACAAUUUCUAAUCACCGUGUUCAUCUUCAUCUACCUGGGCAUGUUUGCCAGCUUAGUACCCCAGAUGAUGGAGAUCAUAGCAAACAGGAAGCGCUUCACUGGGGAAUAUUCCAGCGUCUUGGGGAAAUCGCAUGUCGUUGUGUGUGGACAUCUUUCCCUGAGCAACAUUGAGCCGUUUGUGAAGGAGUUUUACCAUGAGGACCGGGGGGAGGUUCACAUCAACCUCCUGUUCCUGGGGGACUUCUGCCCUGACCCUGAGCUGGAGUAUUUUCUCAGUCUCUCUGGGAAAAUCAACUUUUACCAGGGCUCGGUGAAGAACAGGCAGGAUCAGAAGAGAGUCAUGAUGCGCAAAGCGUCCGCCUGUGUGAUUCUCUGUGACAGGUCUGCUGCCGACCCAGAUGCAGAGGACUUGGACACAUUGAAGAAUGUGAUCACCGUCAAGACCAAUCAUCCCAAAACCAGGGUGAUCGUCCAAAUGUUGAAGCCCAGCAGCAAGGUCAUGGUGCAGAAGAUUCCACACUGGGACUGGAAUCGUGGCGAUGCGGCUAUGUGUCUGACGGAGCUCAAGAUGGGGCUCAUGGCCCAGAGCUGCAGGGUGCAUGGACUGUCCAGCCUGCUGGCUAACCUGUUCACAAUGCAGAGUGAUGUGGAGCAGAAGGGAGAGUCGUGGAAGAACCUCUACCUGGAGGGCAUGUUCAAUGAGAUCUACACAGAGCACCUCUCUUGGCCUUUUAUAGGCAUGACCUUUGCCCAAGCCAGCAAGCUCUGCUUCCUGAAGCUGGGUCUGCUGCUCAUCGGCAUAGCAACCUACAGCGAAGACAACGAGAUGAGUGUUCUGGUGAAUCCUCGGAAGUGCAUCCAAAUCAAGCGGGGGACUCUGGGCUUCCUGGUGGCCAGCGAUGCUAGUGAUGCCAGGAGGGCCGGUAUCUAUUGUGAUAGGUGUCACAGCAAGGUUAGAAAGCUGUCCAGGAUGAGACCGUGCCAGUGUCCUGAGUUUGAUCAUGAUGGCGCUCUGACCUCGGCCAUGAAUUUACGACGCCCAUCUCUGGGAGUACUUCCCUCCAUUCAUGAUCAGGAGGAGAACGCUGACUGGACCAAGGAGCUGGAGGCGGAGGGUCAGGUGACGCUCGACUCUACCGGAAUGUUCCACUGGUGUCCCCCUGUCUCCCUGGAAGAGGUUACCCUGACCAGACAGAGUGCCAGUGCCCUGGCCCUCCAGAAGCACGUGGUGGCCUGUGUGAUUGGGGACCGUGGUUCCAGGCGGCUGGGCCUGCGGGCCUUCAUGAUGCCUCUGAGAGCCAGCAGCCUGACCAGGCCUGAACUGCCCCCCGUGGUCUUCCUGGGGGACAGAGACUACUUCCUGAGGGAGUGGCCUGACAUCCACUACUUCCCUCACAUCUAUUUCCUGCCUGUGAGUGUAAGGGGAGGAACGUGGGGUUCGCCAGUGUGUCUGAACGACCUGCGUGCGGCGGGGGUGACCCGCUGUGUGCGGACGGUGAUCCUGAACUCGAUGGGAUCCACCGAGGAGUCCAAGACGGUCCUGUCCUGCUUCAACGUCAACGGCCUCAGCCCGCAGACAGAGGCCCUCAGCGCACUCAGCCUCUCCGGCAACACCCACGGAUCCCACCCACCACGCCAAAAAACGACCCGACAGUCCGUCCCUCUGCUGGUUGAACUCGGUAACACUUUGAAGGUGAAGCUUAUGAAUGAGACCGACAGGCUGGAGGAGGUGGACAGCUUCAAUCUGACCGAGGCCUUCUCCUCGGGGAAGGUGUUCUCGGUGGACGUGCUGGACUCCCUCAUGGCUGCCACAUUCUUCAACUCCAACAUUCCGUUGCUGGUGUCCACGCUGGUGACGGGCGGGGACACUCCCCUGCUGGAGGCCCAGCUCAUCAGGGACAACCAGCUGAGAGGAGGGGUCAUGUCCCCUCAGCUGUGGGCGCUGCGCCGUAGGUCCAAACUGGCCCAGCUGGCCCUGAAGGACGAGCCUCUCUGUCAGCUCCAGUGUGUGUUGUUCAGAGAUCUGUUUGGCCGGGCUCUAGAUUCUUUGGAGAUCUUGUGUUUUGGCUUGUACCGUCUCCUAGACCCUCCCAACCGCUCCAUGAAGAGGUUUGUGAUCACUAAUCCUCCAGGUGACCUUCCUUUGCUGGCCUCGGACCAGGUCUUCUGCUCCGUCCCCUUCCAUCAGUCCCACCUGCUGACCCAGUCCCACCACUGACCCAGUCCCACCACUGGCCCAGUCCCACCU